AUGAAGGCUACGACAGCAGUUUUGGCCGCCUUGAGCAUGGCCCCGUUCGCUCUCGGAAAGGUCGCUCAGAAAGUUUACCCCGCCGUCCACCGAGGAGACAUCGCCCUUGAAGUCCGCGACAAGGGCAGUGACAACAAGAACAACAACGGCAACGCCAACGCCAAUGACAACAAGGACAAGAACAACGGGGGAAACUCCAAGAAGGCAACAGAGAAGGAGAUUGCCGAACUUGCGGCGCUCAUCGGCCUCACCGCAGGCCUCAAUGCCCAGCUCAACCUCCUCUGGGUCAACCUGGGCGGCGGUGCCGCUACCACCAUCAUCAACUCGGAGAAGACCGUCACUGUGACCGCCACCCAAGCCGCGAUGGUGGUCAACGGUGCCGCCGGCGGCGCCGACCCGGUAGCAACAGCACCUCCUGCUGCUAACGUGCCCUCCGCCGCUCCCGCGACUCCCACCGAGCCCGCUGGCGUCGCUGCUCCGGUAGGAGGAGCCGCCUCCACGCAUACCGUCACGGUCGGCGGACCGCAGGGCCUGGCCUUCAGCCCGGCGCAGACGCAGGCGGCCGUGGGCGAUACCGUCAUCUUCACCUUCCUCAGCCAGAACCACACCGUGACGCAGUCAGCCUUUGAUAAGCCCUGUGUGUCGCUCCCGGGAGGCAUGGACUCGGGUUUCCAGGCCAAUCUCAACAACACCGUCAACCCUCCGCCGCAGGUUGCUAUGCAGGUCAUGGUUGACACUCCUCUCUGGUUCUACUGCCGCCAAGCAAACCACUGCGGCAAGGGCAUGGUCUUCUCCAUCAACCCUACCGCCGAGAAGACCCAGGCUCAGUUCCAAGCCCAGGCCAUUGCGCAGAAUGGCACUGGCACCGACAGUGGCAUUACCGGCGGCAAGGCUUCCGCUGCUCCUUCCGCUGCUCCUUCCGCCUCUGCCUCCGCGACCGUUGGCGGUGAUACAACCGCAACGGCCGUGGCUGGUGGCGCGGCCCAGGCAACUGGAAACAUCGUGACUGGUGUCGGCCAGGUUGCCGCGGACGGUUCGUGCGUAUGCGCCGUCUCUUGCGCUGCCGGUUCCUUCCCCAACAUGGCAGCCCAGGGUGUGAACGCCUUUGGUGGCGUUGGUGGUUCGAUUCCUAGAGCCAUGGCUCUUGGUGCUCCUGCUGCCUAA